AUGAGUCAAUCACCGGCUGUUAUUCUUGCUACUGCCAAGCAGACUGCUACUGUCUUCUUUUUACAUGGUCUCGGCGAUGCUGGAACAAGUUGGCUUGAAGCAUUUAACAUGUAUCGGAUUCCAAAAGCUGUUCCGCAUGUAAAAUUUAUAUUUCCAAAUGCUCCAAUUCAAAGAGUAACAUUAAAUAUGGGAAUGCCAAUGCCUAGUUGGUUCGAUAUUUAUGGUCUUGAUCAAAAUGCUAAAGAAGAUGAACCAGGCAUUGCAAAAUCAUCAAAAAUUUUAAAUGAUCUUGUUGAAGAAGAAAUUAAACUCGGAAUACCACCGGAACGUAUAAUUGUUGGUGGUUUUUCAAUGGGUGGUGCUAUUGCUAUUCAUGCAGCAUUGACUUCUCCACAUACACUUGGUGGAGUUUUGGCUUUAUCAACAUGGCUUCCAUUAUCGACAACAUUUCCUAAAGCACUUGUAUCCGGUGAUCACAAAGCCAAUUUACCAAUUCUUCAAUGUCAUGGUGAUCAAGAUUCAAUGGUUCAAAUACAAUGGGCUCGUCUUACUGAACAAGGUAUUAAAGCAAUGGGUUUUAAACAAUAUACAUUUAAAGAAUAUAGAAAUAUGGAGCAUUCAUCAUGUAAUCAGGAAAUGGAAGAUGUUAGCAGAUUUAUCGUACAAAACUUGCCAAAAACCAAUUAA